AUGGAUGCUGUAAAUUAUCUCUCACAUAUGAAUAAUGAUUCAUAUAACAACUAUAACACUAAUAAUAAUUAUUAUGAUCUUAAUGUUGGUGGAAGAUCAGUAACUGCACAAAAUUAUUAUACUCCCUAUAAUAAUAAUAAUUGUUUAUAUAUUACAAAAUCUCUUGCUGCUCCAAAUCCUCAAACACCAAAUCUUGUUCUUGUGGCAUCUCAUCCAACACUUGGAAAUACAUAUCAGACAACACACGAUUAUAAUCAUUAUCCAUUUAACAAUACAUUUUUAGAACAAACUCAAAUACCCAUCAAUAAUACAAUUUCUGCUGUUGAAACACAAUUUAUACCAAAUGGAUAUAAUCAGGAUGAUUCAAAACAGCAGCAGAAUAUCAAAAAACUUCCAACAGUGUCAACAAUUACAAAAUCUUCCCAUAAUAAAUCGAAUGUGCACGAACAAGCAAAAUCGACAAUUUCUACAACACCGAUGACAAGAGUGGCUGAUACCAAAUCAAAAAACAGUGUAUAUGAAUGGAUGAAAGGUGAUCAAAUACGUCGAAAACAUCGUCAAGUUUACACGAGAUCUCAGACAUUUGAAUUAGAGAAAGAAUAUCGAUUUAGUCAAUAUUUGACACGAAAAAGACGAUCGGAAAUAGCCAAUGGCGUUCAAUUAACAGAUAGACAAGUUAAAAUAUGGUUUCAAAAUAGACGAAUGAAAGAGAAACGUGAAAAUACAAAAUUGUGGACAAUAAAAAAUAAUCGAUCUUUGUGUACCAGUAAUAAUAACACCAAUAUGACAACAACCGAUUAUCCGAUACAAAAUCAGCAAAGUCUAUGUUAG